AUGAGAUUCGCCAGAAUAGCAGCAACCCUCACUGCCUUCGCGGUAGUAGGAAAUGCUAGAACGUGUACGGAAACUGAGGUGGUCAUAUUAGGUGCCGGUGUGGCGGGCGUGACUGCUGCAGAAACACUGCACAAGAACGGUGUCGAAGAUUUUAUCGUACUAGAGUAUCAGGACCGUAUUGGUGGGCGGAUGCACGAGGUUACCUUUGGCAAAGGGCAACAAUAUGUAGUGGAGGCUGGGGCUAAUUGGGUACACGGAACUGGUGGACCCGAAACACACGUGAAUCCCAUCUGGGACUUGGCUAUUAAAGCCAACCUCCGCACACUAACCAGUGAUGUCGAGAAUGCCACGGUAUACGACCAGACGGGAGAAAUACCACCCGAGCUCCUUUUCAACGCACUGAAAGCUGUCAGCGAUGCCGACUCCAAGGUCCUCGCCGACGCUGGCAUCCGACUUCACCACCACCUAGAAGACCGUACAUACCGCGCGGCCCUUCGGCGGCAGGGAUGGAACCCGAAAGAGACAAAUCAGUACGAGCAACUGGCCGACUAUCUGGCAUUUGACUCGGUCACAGCAGCCAAGGCAAAAGAAACUUCCGAGAUCUAUACCGCAGUAACCACAAAUGCGACGGCCAAGUUCUUCUCUCACCGAGAGGAGUUCAGCUUCGAUCAGCGUGGGUUCUCCAUCAUCCUCAGGAAUGUAGCAGAUCCACUCUUCGAAGGACAGAAUGCUUGGCGCCUUCGGAAAAACACCAUCGUUAAAGAAAUUGAGCACGACGAUGACUCCGUGACAGUACAUAGCACGGAUGGGAAAUGUGUGCGAGCCAAGUACGCUAUUAUGACAUUUUCUUUGGGUGUGCUGCAGCAUCCUGAAGCUGUGAAGUUUACACCCGAGCUACCAAGGUGGAAGAAAGAUGCUAUUACGAGCUUCGAAAUGGUCACGUAUACCAAAAUAUUCAUGCAAUUUCCGCAUUCCUUCUGGCCCAAGAACCAGUAUCUGUACUACGCCGACCCGAAUACUAGAGGCUACUAUCCGCUGUUUCAGCCAUUGGAUGUUCCCGGGGUGCUGGAGGGAUCGAAUAUCCUCGUCGUUACAGUUGUCAACGACCAGGCGUAUCGGGUUGAGCGGCAAAGCGAGGACAAGACCCAAGCUGAGAUUAUGGAAGUGUUGCGCAAGAUCUUUGGGGACGAGACCAUCCCGGAACCGAUAGGCAUUUUCUAUGCGAGGUGGACGCAAAUGCCUUGGUCGUACGGCUCGUACUCGAACUGGCCACCCGCAGUAUCUGCCCAGACCCAUCGGAAUCUCCGAGCGAAUGUUGGGCGGGUUUUCUUUGCUGGAGAGGCUACAAGCCCAAACUUCUCGGGCUUUCUGCAUGGUGCGUACUAUGAAGGGAAGCGUGCGGCGAAGUCUAUUACUUCGUGUCACGACGGUCCAGGAUGGGGUGACUGUAUGCCUGAUAGAGGAAGGGUUGGCACUACUCCGAUUCUUGAGUUCGCGUAA